AUGGGGUUGGCUUCUUAUCUACCAGUGGUGUUUUUCCUCUUAUCCGGCUUUGCCGGCUUCGCCAUCUUCGUCUUCUCGGAGAACAAUGGCCUCUUAAGGCUCGUCGAGCACUUUGUCGAAAACAAAGUGCUUCCAGGGUCUGGGGAGCCCUUGAGGACUGUGUAUACCGGGUUUGAGCCAGUCGACCGUCUUUUGGCGUUUUUGACUGUCUUCUUUAUUCCUGUUGUCGAUGGAAGCAAUCCAUCUCUUUUCCUCCACUCAAUCACUUUUACCGGCGCUUUUGGUUCAGCGUGGGUUUUAGUUGUUUUGGAAGCAUGGCGCAAAGGAAACUCGAGUAACCUGUUUUCCCUCCCCUCGAUCUUCGGAAUCGCAGCUCAAGUGGCUACAUUUGCUAUGUCAACCCCGCUCUAUCUUGGCCUACAGCUUCUAACCUCUAACACAUCCUUUCAACCAACCGCAAAGAACAUUGCGAUUCCACGUGCAGUCGUAAAUGCGAUUCCUGUGAUUUUCAUCCUGGCUUUUCAAGUCCCUAGCUUUGCUAUGUUGAUUCCUGCCCCUGAAGUUAUCACAUUUGACCAGAAACAAGUUCUGGUUGCAUUGUGGCAGCCGUGGCCAGUCUACGUAUCCACCUUGCUCACUAUCGUUUCUCUCCUAUUCUCCGGCUCUACCAGCGACAACUCCCCAUUUAAAUUGAGAAAGUCACUUAGAGCAGCAUACACUUUUGCCUUGACCAAUUCUGCCCUCAAUCACGUUAUUUCAUGGACUAUUUCCCUUGUGACUAUCGCCAAGCCCGAGUUCUUCAACGAGAGCUACCUGCACUCAUUGCACCCGGCCCAAGUCUUUACGCCCUACAACCCCUUUACGAACGGCGAACUCAAAGUCAAGGACAUUGGCGACGGCGUUCACAUCUUCCUCCAGUGGGACUUCCUUGUCGGCACCUCUGCCGUACUCCUUUGGGCAGUCACUGUAAACGCUCUUGCUCGCAGCAAAAUCCAAGGCAAGGUUGGCUGGUUUGGCCUCCUUUUCAAAACCGCCACUUCUGCACUUUUCACUGGUCCCGUGGGUGCCGCUGUGCAGUUGGUGUGGGAGAGAGAUGAACUGGUUUUGGACGACGAAAUCGUCAAGAGCGCUGCCAAAAAGGCCUUGUGA